UUUAGUAUUGAAAGAACAGUCGGGCCAGCAAGAGCAAGUUGGGGCGCAGUGGCGAUAUCGACAACAACAACAACGGCAAAUACAAACGACCACGAAGCAAAAGACGGCGUACAAACAAAACUUAAAAACUGCCACUGAAACUAAAACCGACGACUCUACAUAUAUUUAAAUUUCUUAACUGAAGAAAAGAUGCCUGUUUUUCAUACGAAAACAAUUGAGAGCAUAUUAGAUCCUGUGGCUCAACAGGUAUCUCGGCUGGUCAUUCUACAUGAAGAGGCCGAGGAUGGCAACGCCAUGCCGGAUCUUAGCCGGCCGGUACAGGUGGUUUCCGCUGCUGUGGCCAAUUUAGUGAAAGUGGGCCGUGAGACUAUCAACAGUUCCGAUGAUAAGAUGCUGCGCCAGGACAUGCCAACGGCAUUGCAUCGCGUGGAGACUGCCUCGCAGUUGCUCGAGGAGGCUUCCGAUAUGUUGCGAGCUGAUCCCUAUUCGGGACCGGCGCGCAAGAAGCUGAUUGAAGGAAGCCGCGGCAUACUGCAGGGCACCUCCUCGCUGUUGCUCUGCUUUGAUGAGAGCGAGGUUCGCAAGAUAAUACAGGAGUGCAAGCGAGUGCUGGACUAUCUGGCCGUGGCAGAGGUGAUUAAUAGUAUGGAGGAUUUGGUGCAGUUCCUCAAGGAUUUGUCACCUUGUCUGAGCAAGGUGUCGCGUGAGGUUGGGGCUCGCGAGAAGGAGCUAACCCAUCAGGUGCAUAGCGAGAUUCUGGUUCGCUGUCUGGAGCAGGUGAAGACUCUGGCCCCCAUUCUCAUAUGCAGCAUGAAGGUCUAUAUACAUAUUGUGGAGCAGCAGGGCAAGGGGUCCGAGGAGGCGGCUGAGAAUCGCAACUAUCUGGCCGGCCGCAUGAGUGAUGAACUGCAGGAGAUUAUCCGAGUUCUUCAGCUGACAACGUAUGACGAGGAUACCAGCGAAUUAGACAAUCUCACAGUGCUUAAGAAGCUAUCGAAUGCCAUUAACAAUAAGAUGGAGCUGGCCAAUGAGUGGCUAUCGAAUCCCUAUGCUCUGCGUGGAGGCGUCGGCGAGAAGGCAUUGCGCCAGGUGAUCGACAAUGCCAACGAAAUUUCGGAACGCUGCCUGCCCCAGGACUCAUACCCCAUACGCAAAUUGGCCGACGAGAUUUCCUCGAUGGCCAAUGCUCUAGGCGAGCUGCGUCAAGAGGGUAAGGGCAGCUCCCCACAGGCUGAAUCCCUGGCCCAGGGCAUACGCCAACGUCUUGCCGAACUCCAAGGUCUAGUGCGUCAAGCUGUUCAGGGCGUCGACAAGGCCGGUGUCCAGCAGACAGCUCACACAAUCCAGGGUCGCCUGGAGCAGGCGGUCAAGUGGCUGCAGCAUCCCGAAGUCAAUGAUGGCGGCUUGGGCGAGCGGGCAAUCAAUCUGAUUGUAGAAGAGGGUCGCAAGGUAGCCGAGGGGUGUCCUGGUCAUCAGAAGGCCGAAAUAAUGCAGCUGUGCGACGAGGUUGAGCGACUGAAGCGACAGGCCGCUGGCACGGGACCUGCCGCCAAGCAGGCGGCCAAGCAAUUGACACAAAAGCUCUACGAACUGAAGGCGGCCAUUCAAGAUGCUCUGGUCAAGAGGAUUGUUCAAGAUUUCAUGGACGUUAGCACGCCCCUGAAACAGUUCACUGAGGCAGUCCUCUUGCCGGAGGGCACACCCGGCCGGGAGCAGAAUUUCAAUCAGAAAUCGAACAAUCUGCAGGCGUUUAGUGAUCGCGCUUCCCGCACUUCGCGCAUGGUGGCUGCAGGCGGUGCCUGUGGAAAUAAGAAGAUUGCGGAGAUCCUACUCUCCUCUGCCGCUCAGGUCGAUUCGCUGACUCCGCAAUUGAUCAAUGCCGGACGCAUUAGGAUGAACUAUCCCGCCAGCAAGGCAGCCGAAGAACAUCUGCAGAAUCUUAAGCAGCAAUACGCUGAUACCGUAUUGCGCAUGCGUACGCUAUGCGACCAGGCCACCGAUCCCGCCGAUUUCAUUAAGACAUCCGAGGAGCAAAUGCAGGUCUAUGCCAAGCUCUGCGAGGAAGCCAUACACAAUCGCCAGCCCCAGAAGAUGGUGGACAACACUUCGAAUAUAGCUCGCCUGAUUAAUCGGGUCCUGCUGGUGGCCAAGCAAGAGGCUGACAAUUCCGAGGAUCCUGUCUUCAUCAAUCGCCUGACUGAGGCGGCCAAUCGAUUGGAACGCUCCCUACCCGCAAUGGUAGGCGAUGCGAAAUUGGUGGCCACAAAUAUAAGCGACCCGGCUGCUGCUGCCGCAUGGAAGAACUCGUUCCAACGCCUUUUGGGCGAUGUAAGAGGCGUACGUGAAGCCAUUGCACCGCCACAGGCUCCACCACUGCCCACGUCACUGCCACCACCGCCGCCAAUUCCAGAAUUGAGUGCCUUGCAUCUUAGCCAACAAAAUGCGGAGCGGGCUCCACCACGUCCUCCAUUGCCUAGAGAGGGAUUGGCUCCCACACGUCCGCCGCCACCAGAAACCGAUGAUGAGGAUGAGGGUGUCUUCCGUACCAUGCCGCAUGCCAAUCAACCCAUUCUUAUUGCCGCCCGCGGGCUCCAUCAAGAGGUGCGUCAGUGGUCAUCUAAGGACAAUGAGAUCAUUGCUGCCGCGAAGCGCAUGGCCAUUUUAAUGGCCCGGCUCAGUGAAUUGGUUCUAUCGGACUCGCGCGGCAGCAAGCGCGAACUGAUUGCCACAGCCAAGAAGAUUGCCGAAGCCUCUGAGGAUGUAACACGUCUGGCCAAGGAGUUGGCUCGCCAGUGCACAGAUCGUCGCAUCCGCACCAAUCUGUUGCAGGUGUGCGAGCGUAUCCCAACCAUUGGCACUCAAUUGAAGAUCUUAUCGACGGUCAAAGCAACCAUGCUGGGUGCCCAGGGCUCAGAUGAGGAUCGUGAAGCUACUGAAAUGCUGGUGGGCAAUGCCCAAAAUCUGAUGCAGAGUGUCAAGGAGACAGUCCGUGCUGCCGAGGGAGCCAGCAUCAAAAUACGUUCAGAUCAGACAAGCAAUCGCCUUCAAUGGGUGCGCCGCCAGCCCUGGUAUCAGUACUAAUGGGUACUAAGGGGUUCCCUUCAUCAGCGUCAUCGUCAUCGUCAUCAUCAUGUUAAAUCAACCAACAUCAACAUCCUACCAACAACAACUAAUCUUAAUGAAUUUUAUUUUAAUCAUAUUUAAUACGCGUAUUGCUCUAAUUUGUUCCAUUUGUACUUCCAUCUAAAUACUACAAAUUAAGUGUCCGCCCCUUAGCCCUAACCUGACCUGCAUCGUCCCGUCCCGCCCUGCAAUUAUUUAUUAUGUGCUUUCUUAAACUCUCUUCAAUUCCUUUUCGGUUACCCUGUGUUUUUUGUUUAGUCUUUCCUCUUAUAUACCCUGUACCCUGUAAGGUAAAAGUGAUGAAUUACCCUGCAUAUGGAUUUGAUGUUUGUCAAGACAAAAUCUACUUAUUGGCUUUGUCAAUGGCAGUAUCAAAGGACCUAUAUAUAUACAUAUUUUUAUAUAGUGCUUUAUUCUGGUGGUCGAUUCACACUCGACGAUGUUAAUAGUCAAAAUGUUUAAGAGGACUUUAUCGAUAUGGGAUACCGAAUAUGUUUUAUACACUGUAUAUAGUACACACUUACAUGAUAUCGUCCUCUCAAUUCUGCGUAGAUAAUAACACACAUAAAAAUUAGAUUUUAUAUAUUUAAGCAUUGUUCUUAAAAAAUUGUUUUUUUGGAUUGCUAUGCUAUGUAUCAGGGUAUAGAAUUCAAUUACUUUUAAAAUUCUUGUUACAGAGUAUCCAACAGUCGGUACGCCGACUUAAUGGGAAGAAUUGCCUUUUUGUUUUUGUAAAUGUAAAAUUAAUUAUAUAAGCGUGCAAUAAAUGAAAGCAAUAUUUUCAAUGUACAUACUGAA